AUGUCGCAGAUCUUCCCCUACUUCUGUAACACAACGAGCAUAUAUUCAGUUCCUGAAGAUCUUGAAGAUGAAGCAGACCGUGUAUUUGAGAAAUAUGCACGCACCCAAUGCAAGAAUAUGAUGUACCAAGCUCGUCCAGAUGCUAUCAAGUACUACUAUCGCGAAAUCAUAAAGAGCCCAAAGUCUGAUGCUAAUUAUGUAUCUUAA